GUGCCGCUCUGCGCCUCUCCCCGCCCCGCCCCGCUGUGCCGCUCUGCGCCUCUCCCAGCCAUGGCAACGUCCCCCCAAAAGUCUCCUUCCAGCCCGAAAUCCCCCACCCCGAAGUCUCCCCCCUCCCGGAAGAAAGAUGACUCGUUCCUGGGCAAGUUGGGGGGCACCCUGGCCCGGAGAAAGAAGGCCAAAGAGGUAUCCGAACUCCAGGAGGAAGGGAUCAAUGCUAUUAACUUGCCCCUCAACCCCAUUCCGUUUGAGCUGGACCCCGAGGACACCAUGCUGGAGGAAAAUGAAGUUCGAACCAUGAUCGAUCCCUACUCUAGGAGUGACGCCAGGCUACAGGAGCUGAUGAGGGUUCUAAUAGAUUGGAUCAAUGAUGUUCUGGUUGGGGAGAGAAUCAUUGUGAAGGAUCUAGCGGAGGAUAUGUACGAUGGGCAAGUCCUGCAGAAGCUUUUCGAGAAACUCGAAGGGGAGAAGCUAAAUGUCGCCGAAGUGACGCAGUCGGAAAUCGCCCAGAAGCAGAAGCUGCAGACGGUGCUGGAGAAGAUCAACGAGACCCUCAAGCUGCCCCCCCGCAGCGUCAAGUGGAAUGUGGACUCAAUCCAUGCAAAGUCUGUGGUAGCCAUCCUUCAUCUUCUGGUUGCCCUGUCACAGUAUUUUCGGGCCCCCAUCCGACUACCCGAUCAUGUAUCAAUUCAGGUCGUCGUUGUGCAGAAGCUGGACGGAAUGUUGCAGACUCGGCACAUCCAAGAGGAAAUCACCGGUGACACAGAGGCGCUGUCUGGAAGGCACGAAAGAGACGCGUUCGACACCCUGUUCGACCAUGCUCCCGACAAACUCAACGUAGUGAAAAAGACUCUCAUCACGUUUGUGAACAAGCACCUCAAUAAACUGAACCUGGAAGUAACAGAACUGGAAACCCAGUUUGCAGACGGAGUGUACCUGGUGCUGCUCAUGGGGCUCCUGGAGGGGUAUUUUGUGCCUCUGUUCAAUUUCUUCUUGACGCCCGACAGCUUUGAGCAAAAGGUUCUGAACGUGACGUUUGCCUUUGAACUGAUGCAAGACGGAGGCCUGGAGAAGCCCAAACCGCGGCCAGAAGAUAUUGUCAACUGUGACCUGAAAUCCACUCUGAGGGUUCUCUACAAUCUCUUCACCAAGUACAGAAGCGUGGAGUGACCGCGCCGCCAGUGAGGGCGGAGCCUAAAGCAACAUUUCAGCCAUUUUUUUUUUUCUUUUGCACCAAGGGAACACAGUACUUCUUGAUUUAUUUUCUACAAAGACGCAUUUUUUUUCUAAAGCUUUAAAGGGGACCUCUCUGGAGCUCUUGGUAUAUGGUCCAUAUAAAGACACCGCCGGGGGCCACAUUGCCCGGGAACGCUCUGGGCACUGGAGGGAAAGUAUGAAGGUCGCUCUGCGGAGCAGUCACGGCAACAGGGUCCAUUAGGGUAAAUGCCCCCAUGUAUCUGCCCUCCCGUAGCUGCAGAUACAGCAUUUCCCCAAUGUGCCAGGGCCUUAUAGGGUUAAACGGGGGCACUUACUUUACUGUAGGUUGAGUGGGGGAUUCAGUUUAGUGAGGGUUAAAGCCACACACUGAUAGAUUCCUGUAUAUACCUUGGGGUUCCUCUCCCACCCACAACUGCUGCCCUGGAACGAACCCCAACUCCCAUGAUUCCUGAUCCUGCACCCCUAAACGUACACCUGUAGGUGUAAGGAACCCCAACUCCCCUGAUCCUGCACCCCUAAACGUACACCUGUAGGUGUAAGGAACCCCAACUCCCAUGAUCCCUGAUCCUGCACCCCUAAACUUACACCUGUAGGUGUAUGGAACCCCAGCUCCCAUGAUCCCUGAUCCUGCACCCCUAAACUUACACCUGUAGGUGUAUGGAACCCCAGCUCCCAUGAUCCCUGAUCCUGCACCCCUAAACUUACACCUGUAGGUGUAUGGAACCCCAGCUCCCAUGAUCCCUGAUCCUGCACCCCUAAACUUACACCUGUAGGUGUAAGGAACCCCAACUCCCAUGAUCCCUGAUCCUGCACCCCUAAACUUACACCUGUAGGUGUAAGGAACCCCAACUCUCAUGAUCCCUGAUCCUGCACCCCUAAACUUACACCUGUAGGUGUAUGGAACCCCAACUCCCAUGAUCCCCGAUCCUGCACCCCUAAACCUACACCUGUAGAUGUAAGGAACCCCAACUCCCAUGAUCCCUGAUCCUGCACCCCUAAACCUACCCCUGUAGGGUGUUACCGAGCCUUUUUUCUAGCUGGUAACAUCCCUGAAUUUGCAACGAACAGGAUAAAGCCAAUAGGGUCGGAGGGCCCCGGUCACAAGAGCUUACAGUCUAUCCAAUAACCUCUAAACUAAAGGACCAUAAUGCCAAAGUAAAGUAAUAACAGGUGGAACUCAGGACUGGUAAUCAACAACAACCAAUCAGAGGCUUGCUUGCGAAGAGUAGAUCAAUAACUGCACCUAGCUAAUUGGUUGCCAUGGGUUACUAGACAGGUUUUACCUGGAAACAACAACAUGGGGGUUUAUUCCAUUUUAAAUUCACUUGUAGCCCUCGGGGUGCUUAUCUGCCCCCCUAUCUCCACGGUACAGUUGAUGUUUACAGGAUUAUCUACCCAGGGUGCAAGCGCUUAUAGCAAUCAUCAUUCAGUCUGUCCGUCCGUAUGUACACAUGUCCCAUGAUGCCCCAGGGCAAACGGGGGUUGUUCACCUUUAGUCUGAUGAAGAGCGAUAUUCUGAGACAAUUUGCAAUUGGUCUUUGUUUUUUUUAUCAUUUGUAGAUUUUUAGUUAUUCAUUUUCAGAUCAGCAGCUCCCCAGUUUGGAGUUUCAGCAGCUGUUUGGUUGCUAGGGUUCAAGUUACCUUAGCAACCAGAGAGUAGUUUGAAUGAGAGGCCGGUAUAUGAAUAGGGGAGGGGCUGAAUAGAAAGAAAAGGAAUAAAAAGUAACAAUAACAAUAAAACUGGAGCCUCACAGAGCAAUAGGGUUUGGCUGCCGGGGUCAGUGACCCCCAUUUAAAAGCUGCAAAGAGGCAGAAGGGAAAUAAUUCAAAAACUCUAACAAAUAAAUAAUGAAGACCAAUUGAAAAGAUGCAUCGAAUUGGCCAUUUUAUAACAUACUGAUAAAUUCAUUAACACUGACACUAUUUAUUGCACCCCCUAUUCAGAGCCCCCCCAAUACAUUUAGCACAAUAUUAAUUAGCUUUAACACUGCCUAUAGAUUUAUUAGAUUAUACACUAAUUAAUGACAUUAAUUGUAUCUGUUUCUUAUUCUAAUGCUUUAAUGUAACUCAGUGGGAACAUUAAGUAAAGGGGAACUAAACCUCCCCCUUUAGAUUUUCCUAAUGGAAGAGAAUGCAGUUUUAUACAUUAAUUCACAUUUUACAUCGGUUUUAAUGUUAUUUGUUAUUGGUUUUAUGUCAUUUGUAAGUGUAACUGUAGCCGUGUCUGUGUCUAUUUGUUUUCUGCACUGCCGGUUCCGACUCAGUAUA